UCUCCUUCUCUCUCUCCAUUUUUCUCAUGAGAAAGCUCCGAGGCUUCAAGCUUCGAAAGCGACUCGUUCUAUUUUCAAGAUGGCUCUGUCGAAAUAUCCGACCGGCGACUCGAUAUUACAGGCUAAGUCAGGAGGACUCGUCGCCCGAGCUCAAGUUGUCGUCAAGGCUUCUCAGCUGGAGUCGCGGGCUGAGUUUCCUCCGACGAGCUGAGCCGGUCCGGGAGAAGCGUAACCCGGUGCCGAAAGGACAGCUGGCAGUCUACGUCGGUGAAAGCGGAGGAGAAUUCAGCCGGGUUUUGGUGCCGGUGGUGUAUUUCAAGCAUAGGCUUUUCAUUGAGUUGUUGAGGGAAGCAGAGGAUGAAUAUGGGUUUGAACAUAAGAAAGGGAUUACUUUUCCUUGUGGGUAUUCGGAGUUUGAGCGGAUCCUGACCCGGAUCCGGGAUUGCCGCCACUGGAGGAGCUCCGGCAGCUGCUGCUCGCCGGAGGAGGAGGAUGUGUGGAGGCUUGAAGCUCGGUUAAGAAGAUGAGGGAUUAGUGGUUUUGGACUUUUUUUUUUUUUUUUUUUUUUUUUUUUUUUUUUUUUUUUUUUUUUUUUUU